CCAAUAUCAACCCACAAUCAACAUGGCAGCGCAAAACAACCGGAACAUCUGUCGCUACGAUCUAUGCAUGGCAUCGUUUACUUCAAACGAGGAGCUGGUGAACCACAUUGCUCUCAGCCACGCUGGCGACGAUUUGGCCUGUCGUGACUGCGGGCUCAAGUGUAUUAGCAAGGCAACCCUCGCUCGCCAUCGCGGUACACACGGCGAAGGGGAGAGGCACGCUUGCUUCAUCGAGGGGUGCAAUGAGGAGUUCCCUCGCCGCGAUAGUCUUGGCAACCACCUCUUGUCGAAGCAUGAGGAUUAUCUAAAGGAAGCCGUGUCGCUCUACGAAACCUACUGUCACAUGCUCAAUAUUCAGGUGUCUGCCACCACGAUCACCGACAACGGCGGGGGCAACAGCCAGAACAAUGGCUGGUGAAUCAAUGUCUGGAUUUCGCAGCAGAUGGUCUGUUGCUUAGGUCGCAGGCGAGUUCUAUGUCAGGAAGGGGGAGGCGGUCAUGGGUCAUAAGUCCAUUCAUUCACGCUGACCGGCUGUUUCGUACAAGACAGGCAAUGAAUUCUUGAUGAAGCAGCAAGCCUGCGCUCGUGCUCUGACCCACGCAAUCUUCUGUCAGUCUGAUAUGUGACUGCGAGUCUGGAGAACCAGCAGGUUGAUACCCCAUGGUAGAGUAAU